UCUGGUUGUUGCAGAGUCACUGUAAACAAGGAGAGAGAAGGAGUCGCCAUUAGAGCUGUUAACGGCUCUUCUGUUUACAUCUAAAGCUGUUAUUGUUGAAAUCCAGUCAUUCCUGGAUACGAGUCCAGACAUCCAUCCGAAGGCUUUUCAUAAAAGGCACAGUUCGUGUUUUCGCUGUUAGCAUUCUUAGCCGUUAGCUGCAGCUAGCCUCGCUGGGCGAACAUCCAGAGAGGCCUGUUGUUGUUGUUAUUGUUGUUGACGGGGUGAACACCUUUCAUGCCCCCUACCUCUCUUGACUGCGACCAAGAUAUCUUGAACCCUGGGUGGCUGGUCAGAGCGCCCUCCUCCCAGCAUGGAGGCAGGAGGGAAGGACUGUGAGGACGAGACGCUGCAGACGGCCUUCAAGAAGCUGAGGGUGGACGCUGAGAGAAACCUGCCUUGCCUUGUCUUCAGCUGCAUGAGGAAGUCUUCCAGAGGAGCCUCCAGAACGCAGCGUCGCCGAAGGUCCAAAUCCCCGAUCCUCCACCCGCCCAAGUUCACGUACUGCAGCGCGGCAGCGGCGUCAGUAUCGCCCCCUAGUGGCUGCCUGAAGCAACAACGCCUCGCUGUGCCCGAUCCCUCGGAGCCUCGUCCUCCAGGAGAGGGGAUCACAGCCUCCUCUGCUGCCCAGAAAGAGCUCUCAUCGUCGGGCUCUCCUAACCCCAUCCCCCCUCUGGUGUUUGGCUCGUGUGCCGGGUUUGAGGCGCAGGAAACGUCCGGGGAGUCGAGCGAGGAGGAGAAAAGCGCCAGCGAAGGAGCAAGGCUUUCUGGAUCUGCGGAUUUCCGAGUUUUAUCUGAGCGCCUGGCAGAAGUUCCCUGCUCCUGCGUUUGGAAGGAAAGCGGGAACGCUGCUGCCGAGUCUACGUGUCGGUGUCGGGAUCCGUCUCAAACGUGGCAGGGAGUCGAGGUUUAUUCCUUCACGGGGCUCCGAAACGCCACGUCUGAGUGCGGAAGAACUAUCGUUAGCGGCGGCGGCGCGGCGUCUUCUUCCUCGUCUGGAUCCACGCGGUCGUGUUCGGAGCAGGCGAGAGCUUACGUGGACGACAUCACGAUAGAGGACCUUUCCGGAUACAUGGAGUAUUAUCUGUACAUCCCCAAGAAGAUGUCUCACAUGGCGGAGAUGAUGUACACUUGAAAAAAUAAAUACUAUUAUUGUAUCAGAAGGAAAUGUAAAGGAGGGUUUUGAGUCGACGGCCUCAGGACAGGAACGAUUUGAACUCCCCUUUGUUUAUGUUAAAAUGCCUUCAUUUAGUCUUUAAAAAGUCUCACAAAUGCUAAAAGAAGUAGCAUUUGUGAUUCUUUAUAAUUAUAAUAUAAGAAGAGUCUCACAUGGCGGAGAUGAUGUACGCUUAAAAAAAUAAAUGCUAUUAUAAUAUCUUACGGGAAUAUAAAGUAACGGAGGUUUUUGUGUUGAAGGAAUGUCGGUAUCGUGGAUCAGGAAGGACUUUAGUACAAUUUUGAGGGACUUCACUUCCCGUUGUUUACGAGGGUUCCCGCGAUUCCUUAAAUGUCAUCAAAUUGGAUCUCAAAAUACCCCCUUAAGUGGUGUUAAAAUGUCUUACAAAUGCUAAAAGACGUAGCAUUUUGUGAAUCUUUAUAGCUAACAGGAUGUCGCUCGUCAUGACAGACGAUUAAAAUAAAAAGUCUGAUGCCGCUCAUACACGUUGAGACCCCAAAGUUUAAUGAUAGAAAUGUACAGUAGGGUCUCCAGCACAUAGAAACUGCCGGAUGCUAACCUGCUGAUGUUGGGACAUUAGCACAGUUAGCAUAAGUUGUGUUCAUUGGAAUUAUAGCCGACAGUAUGGGGACAAUAUCUAACAAAUGGCGAGGCAGAUUUGGACAGUUGAAGAGUGGUUUUGGAGGUUAUUGGGGAUGCUGAAUCCAUUUCUGAUAUUUUUAGGAUCAAAAACAGCAGUUUUUUAACCAGAAAGAGGACAUGUUUCUGUUCUCUGUGGACUGACUUUCAUUCAUUUUGGGUCGUUUUUACAGUUUUAGGGGAUUCAAAACUGCCAUUUUUGAUCCCGAAAUUGAAUUAGAAAAGGCCUUUUGAGAAGAAGUGGGAAUUUUGAGACUUGGGGAAAAAGUCAUAAUUUUGGGGAAAAGUAAUUUUUUCGAUUUUCUGAAAAAGUAAUUUUGAGAUUUGGAGAAAAAGUCAU